UAUAGGUUAGAAAAUCCUUAGGAUUGUAAUGAGCAACCACAUGAAAUACUAUCCUCUUUGAGUUUUUUGCGCGUAAAACCAGUGUAAUGAUAACGGAUAUUCAUUGUUGCUCGAAACUGGUCCGCUUGUCGAGUUCGCUAGCACAUUUCCCGCGUAUUUUGUUCAAUUUAUGUAUUUAUUCUUGUGUUAGAAGUGCAGCUUAUUCCACCAUGUCUGAAGAUAAGAGGAAACCAUUUACUGUGUUUGUGGAAGGAAACAUCGGUAGCGGAAAAACCACUUUUCUGAAACACUUUGAACAAUGCCCGAAUACGUACAUAGCGGCAGAACCUGUGGAGCAAUGGAGGGAUCUGAAAGGACACAACUUAUUGGAACUGAUGUACAAAGAUCCAUCAAGGUGGGGGCUGACAUUUCAAACUAUGGUUCAAAAAACAAUGCUAGAUGUUCAUGUUCAAAAAUGUGAUGAACCAAUCAAAUUGAUGGAAAGAUCAAUUCACAGUGCAAGGCACAUCUUUGUUGAAAACCUUUUCCAGCAAAAAAUCAUGUCUGCUCCCGAGUAUGCCGUUUUAGAUUCUUGGUUCGAAUGGAUCUCUAGCAAUUGUGAUAUCCAUGGAGAUUUAAUAGUGUACCUGAAAACUAGUCCAGAGGUUGUGUAUGAAAGAAUGAAAGCUAGGGCACGACAGGAAGAACACACAGUUUCUCUAGAAUACUUGCAAAAACUUCAUGUUCUACAUGAGAAUUGGCUCAUCCACAAAACUAUCCCUGGUGCAGCUUUGCCCCCUAUUGUCGUGGUUGAUGCCAAUCAAAAUCUUGACUUAAUGGCUCCAGAAUUUAAGCGCUGUCAAAACCUCAUUUUUAGUCACUUAAAAAACCAAUCACCAAUGAAGAAACUGCAAUCCGCAAAUCUGAAGGAUGUUCCUGACAUUCUAAGCAGUCCUUCUAUUCUUAAUGAAACUGAAAAAAACAGUGUAGAUUUGAUUGCAGUAUGAGGUUCAAUUUUUUGUUAUGUAUCAAAUUAAAUUUUAUCAACCUUAUUAUUGCAUUUUGAUGUGUACUACUUGUCGCAUUUAAUUCCAGUCUGCACUUUCAUGUAAAACUUUCAAGUUUGUUCCCCUCCCCAUUCAUUUGUUAGCCCUGUUUUUCAGUUAGAUCACAGAGGCUUCUCGCUCCUCUUUUUUUAAAGAACUUUCUAUUUUUAUACAUUCUUUUCUCCUGUUUCUUGAACCAGUUCACUUGACUGUUUGUAGAUUGUUUGUUUUCAUAAAAGUUACAAUGUUUUCCCUUUAUCAAUAAUCAUUACUAGUUUUAUAAUUUUUUUUUCAUAGACUCAGUGUCCGGACAUGGACCGGUUUUGAAUUAUGUAAGUGUUUAAACAAAAGUGUGAUCAUCAGUGUUCUUACAAAAUAAUUCUCUUUGUCUAAUGUCAGUAAACACUGGCCUAAUUUUCUUCUAUUUCCAUUAUACAAUUUAACAGUUUACCAACAUGUGCUAUUGACAGCACUGUUCAGCUUUAAGGAUUUCCUCAGUUUUUGUCGCUGGCAAGGGAUUCUCAAAGUUUGAAAAAAGCAGUUAAUCAGGAACUUAAGAGCCCUGUGUUUUUAGUUGUAAGUAUUAUAAUAUAGCAUAGCUCACACCCACCUGCAGUUACUGCAGUGGAUCAACAGAUACAGUGCAAAUUCCGUACAGUUGAAUGAUUUCCUUGAAACGCAAAAUGCCAGAUGUUACAUAUAUAUGUUGUGUAAUUUGCGGAAGGAAGUUAGGAUGUCGUCUUUUAGUAGACUUUUGUUUUUAGUUCAUGGAAAGCUGUAAUGAUCUCAAAAAAUAAUGAGCAUGUUAAGAAUUAAUUUGAAAUUAAGUUUCUACAGUUAAGAGUAAUCUUUUUUUAAUGUUGGCUCUUUCUUUUACACUUCUUAUCUGAAUAUACGUCAGAUAAUUCUAUCGAAAGUAAUGUAACUUAACUUCCAUUUUAUCAUGGUUUGACAGAAAUUUUUUAUUAAUGUGCCGAGCGUUUCAUUUAUUUAUAUAUUUAUGACCAGUUUCCACUCAAAUUAAUUGUAGCUUUAAUAGAGUGUGACAUUUAGACAGCGUCUGACCAUGCUGUAUUGGAUCUAGAUCAUAAAAAAAAGUCUCAACAAUUUAAUUCUGUUAAAAGUUCAAUUUAUAAGAUUUCACUAACAUGAUCGAUAAAUACAUGAGCAACAUUUUUUCCACUAUGAAACUGAAAACUGAUGACUGAAAACUAUGUGCAGAAGCAGUUUGAUAGCUUGUUAAUAAUUAAUGCCAAAAAUUAGAAAAGAUGGUCACCAGAAGAGUCUUUUACACAUUACAUCCUCAUUAUUUUUACUUUAGGGUAGGGAGCUUUCAAAUGAACAAUAUCGUUCUCAAAAUUCUGAGACUGUUAGCAUGGAAAGUUUUGAAAAUUAUCGCUGUCAAAUUUUAUCACUGGACCGAAAACAAUUUUUCUCUCCUCACUUUAGCCCAGCUGAAGAUAAUUUUCCUCUUUCUUCUCUCCGUCCUGAAUUCCUUUGAUUGCUCUAAUUUCUGUAUGUGUGCACAUAAGCAAAGCAUACCUGUUGAGCAAAUUUUUUCAGCAUAAUGUUUGCAUGUUGCCGUAUCAAGGCCUCAAAAUUAUUAUCUUUUUCAUUGUCCCUUGUUCAAUUAGUGAUAAUAUUUUUUGAAGGAAAUGUACUUUGAUUCUUUGUAUGUGGCCAUCUGUAAUAUAAUAUGAUUAAUCUUACCAAA